AUGGAAGGCGAUAAGGCAGAUGAAACAAAAUCUUUUUCGGGAAUUCCUGAAGCAGUGUUUGUGGACAAUGUGGAUGAAUUUAUGAACUUACCAGAAAACUCUGGUGGUGUUGAAAAAGUAUUAAGACAGUUGGAUGAGCAACAUGGAAAAUAUAAAUUUAUGGAAUAUACACUCAAUACAAAGAGAAGGCGUCUUCGGCAGCAAAUCCCAGACCUGGCCAGAUCACUAGAUGUGAUUGAAAAGUUAAGGUCACAAAAAGAAGAUAUGGACACACAGUUCCUUCUCAGUGAUCAAGUUUUUGUAAAGGCAAAUAUUAAACCAACAAAAACUGUUUGUUUAUGGCUUGGAGCAAAUGUAAUGUUGGAGUAUUCAUUGGAAGAUGCUGAAAAACUUCUCUCUACCAAUAUGGCUACAGCAAAGAAAAAUCUUGCGUGUGUUGAACAUGAUUUAGAUUUUUUGAGAGAUCAAUGGACAACAACAGAAGUCAAUAUGGCCAGAGUUUACAAUUGGGAUGUCAAGAGGCGUCAGGCUGCUAAAGGCGCUUGUUGA